AGAAUCUCACCCACCCCUCCCAGAAUAAUCCUCUCACUUAUAUCUCAAACUUGAUAGGAUGCUAGACUGAAAAGGGAAAGUGGGUUCUCAUAGGAUAAAGCCAGAAUCAGAGAUCCAAGGAGGAUUUUAACCUAUGCUAAAAAUGAGCAAUUUAUGGUUGCCCUUCUCACCUAGGUUUGAUAGAUUGUAUUUCUAAGGCAUCUCUCUGGAAUUUCAUAUGGAGGUGACAGAGGUUUGAGAAACAACAGGACCGUGUGGAGGCUGGAUGCUGAGGAGUCCUGCAGUUGCUUGUGUUCCCAUGCUGUAAAUAUGAACGGGAUAAACAUGCUAUAGACCAAAACCUGAUGCUGUGACAGUUAAUCUUUUAAAGGAUUUGCGUUCUCAAUAUAAUCGUUCCUCAUGUCCUCUCUACCACAACAGGUAGCAGUAUAAAUGAAAUAACAAAUGGCUGAAGAAGAGGAAACUCUAGCUUUCUCCUGUUCUCUACUCAGGUUUUCUGUCCUGGUUUCGCAAUGGCUUGCUGGCAACAGGUAUCGGAGUAAUUUCUUAUGUUCAGAGUGACAUGGGACGAGAGGCAGCUUAUGGUUUCUUCAUCCUCGGUGGGAUUUGUGUCUCUUACGGCAGCGCCUCCUACCUUGUCAGCCUCUUCCUCCUCCGCCGCACCAUGAUGCUUGCUUUCUCCACGGCUCUGCUGAAUGGCGCGGCGGUCACAACUGUGGCACUGUUCUGGUUGUGCGCCAUCUCUCUCUACAUCGGUCGCCUUGAGGUUGAGAUCAUACAGGAUGACAGCAGUGAUGAAUACCAGGACCCAAAAAAGGAUGAUGGGAAAUCGGACGAGUAAAGGCCAAGUUCCUGGGGAAUUUUGCUGCUUUCAUGAUGGUCAUUUAGAAUGUUCUCCAGCUCAUCCAGUGGACCGAGUUUUAAUGCAAUAGAUACAGUGCCCACGAGCUGUCCUUCCCACAAUGUCAAAGGGCAGGAAGAAAGGGCAGCUUUAUUGUAAAUAAUACACUGUGUUGGCUGCUUUCUAUUUAUUUAACAUUUUCCAGAUUGGCAGUGGGAAUUAGCAUUAGAAAAAUUGGAUCAUCAACAGCAAAUAUGGCCGGAGGAGGCCCUACUGUGAUAGCAAAAGGAUUGGUGAGACGGCUUCCCAGCUGGGAGCUUGCAUUGCUUUUGAAGUGGCUCUCUGAUGCUUUUAAAGAACUGGCUGUCCAUUGCAGUCCUGGGCUCCCCUCUCCUGCGUGCAUCCCACACCUGUUCUGCCAGGUAUAUAGAAGCUGGGAAUUGUAAGCCAAAUUCAGCCGAUGCUCCCUAGAAAUGUUGAAUUGAUACAGUAUCCCAUGGAGCUCCAUUCUGUUGCUCCGGCUUAUGUUGUAAAGUUGUACUGAGGUUACUCACUGUGCCUCGUGAGCCCAUUUUACAUCCAGAUCAGUUAACGUUUGUAUUAAAAACUCCAAAACAAAA